AAGUGUUUGAAAAACCUCAGGGAAAAAAUGCUAAGUGUGAACAGAAUAAUGGCAAGUCCCUUUAAUACUUUACACCUUGUAUUUUGUCACAUUUCUUCUGUUUCUAUAUCAUUUGUCUUUGAUGCUCCGUGAUCAUCUUUCUCAACUCCAACCUACACAUAUAACGUCACAUCAUAAUUUUUUCAUUUCUUCAUUGUUAUUUUAGCUAAAAUUUAUCAUAUUCAUAUGUUAUUCAAUGCCCUAUUUUCCUUUGAUUUAUUCUAGCCUUGCUACUCAUAUAGAAAUUUCCUUUUUCUCAAAUAUAUUCUAAUGAUAACUAACUUGUAAAAUUCUGCUAUUUUUAAGUUCUUUGUCCAAGAUGGUUGCACUCAUUUGACUGAGAAGCCCAUAAACUGCCAAUUAAUAGUUCACUUCUUUUCUUUUCAUCUGACUUUGUGAAAGUAAGCGUCAUUGAGGUAAAGUUAAUUAAACUUCCAUAAAAUACGAAUACACAUUAAUUAACCAAGAAAAUGAUGUGAAUAGAGGCACCCAUCAACCUGACCUGAACUGACUUGAAUGUCCUAUAAAAGCAGUAGUUCAGGAUUCUGUAAUUCAGUGUCUGGUGAGUUAAUAUACCAACGCUACCACUCUAGGAACAAAGAAUGUAUUUAGGAGAAGUCAGAUGAGAUAUAACCAUAAAAAACUGAGGAGUAAAAGACUACAUACUUUCAAAAGAAAUCAUGAACAAAUUUAUCAGGUCCAUAACCAGAAAUAGUAUUUCUCGUUUUCUCAUUAAGAACAUGUAUUUGUUUUCCCCUCUUCAUUUAUCGCACACUAUUCAGUUCUAAAAAGGGAGCUUUCAGACAUGGAAUGUGUGCACGUAUUUGUUUAUGUGUGUAAGUGUGUGUGUGUUUGUAUCUGUCUGCAUCUUGAUAAUUUAAUUUUAUGGGCAGAUUUUACAAUAAAUCUGAAUUUCAUUUAUGUUUCUUUCCAAUGAAAUUUACCUUGGCUUUUCAUUUUAUUUUACAGAUGAACAUCAGAAAAAGGAUGAUGUUCCUGAAAAAAUAUUUGAAAUUCAAGAAAGAAAUGUACCUCAGGAAAGAAAUGAAAGAGAAGAGAUCAUGAGAAAGUCACAGGGGAUUCCUGUUUCAGAUGAUCUCCAGGGAAAAAAUGCUAAGAGUGAACAGAAUAACGAUGAUCCUCAAAAAAACUCGGUAAGUAUCUCUGACAACCUCUUUGUUUCCACAGCCUGUAUUAAACAUUCAGGUUUUUGGUUCUUUCGGCAUCCCCUCUCUUCUUACCUAUAUGCCAUCUUUUGGCUCACAUGUCAUCUCCAUGUCUUCCCUCUCCUCCCUCAAGGUUUCUGUUUAUGGACGUCUCCCAUCCUAAGUUCUCUCCGUUUCUUUUACCCAAGACCUGAUUCCUUCUCGGUGCUUCACACUUCAUUUCACAGGGCCCUUCCUGUAAACAUGGUCUUACUCUGGCAUCCAGAGUCUUGGCAGGUUCGUUUUGAUUUUGUGAGAAGAAGGGGAGAGACUGAUGGACAUGUGGCUUCUGUUCCACGUUUAGCUUCUGGAACACUUCCAUUAACUUAGACUCUCUGUCAUAUAAUAAGGUUCAAGGGGCCAUUCUCAUGCCAUUGAUGCCUCCCCAAAGCUAAUGAAAUAAAACAAGAUUGCAAAUUUGCUGAGUGAUGUUUUCCCAAAGCUUGUCUUUUAAAGAGUGUGUAGACUCAGUUCUAAUCCAUUGAUCCAGGUGGGCUUUGGGCUCUUACUUCCAAUGCUCCCGGUCAUUUCCUGCAGUCUUUUCGCAGGUGCACAGAGAUUUUACACACCAUUUCAUGGAUUUCUUUUCUUUUAUGUCAUACCACUUCCUCUGUCAUCUUCUUGCAUGAUAUUGACAUAGUUAUUAAUUUAUCACAUUGAGACAAGCUUUAAGUGUUUGUAGAAGCACUGUGUACACUAGGGAAAAUUUAUUUAUACUCUAGUUCUCCAACUUGCAAUUUUCUAUGACUGUCAUGAGAGGCUAUCGCCCUAGGAUACUCCUCGGUGUUUUUAAUGAAACACUGAUAUAAACUAAGAUAAUACGGCUAUGGAGAGAGUUUUGGCUAGACGGAUGCUCUUACUAUGGACUUCCUCACAACCUCAUAAGUAUGGGACUCCCGUAUGUGUCCAUAUUUACACUGUAUUCUGGAGAAAGGAGAAAGCCAAGUGAAAGAUAAAUGAUUGCUACUGUUUAUCCCAGAAGAAGUCCUAUUCUUCUUCCUCUCACGCCAUCACUUUCUAUCUUUGUAGCUUUGCCUCAAGCGGUGAGGGGGUGGGGGAGGUGAGACAACACUGCCACCGAUUCACACCAUGUCCUGUGAACAUCUAGGCUUCCAUUUCUAAAAACAUUGGCCCCUUUGAGACAUAGCCUAAGCUCAGAAAGCACUUCCCAAUUCUGUCAGCCGCCCAGCAGAGAGAGCCAAAGGGUUCUUUGGGUGGUGGUGGUGUUUUGUUUGUUUUCUACCACACUGGUAGAGUCGUUAAAAACAUAGCAGUCUUUGCCUCUAAGGAAAUGCUCCAGUUAUGAUUCUGUUUUCAAAUGGAUAGUAUUGAGGAUCAUUUCUUAACUGUCUGUAGCAGGUUUCAUAGGACGAUUGCUGUACAUUUGAUUGGAAAAAUGGAUGCUCUUUCUCCUUGCUUUUUCAUCCAUCUCUCUCCAUCUCUCUCUCUCUCUCUCUCUGGUAAGUACCUCUCUUGUGUGUGACUGUGUGUUUGCAGUUUAUUCUGAGAAGGUAGAAAGUCCAGUGCAGAACCAGUGAUGGAUCAUGCUCAUCCCAGGGGAAGUCCUUUCCUACCUCCUCCCAUGCUGUCACUUCCAGUCUGGUUCCUCUGACUCACCAAGGGGUGAGGGGAGGUAAAACAAGCUUCCUCUGAUUUCUGAAAAGGCUUCAAGCCUUUAAGAAAGUUGGGUCAAGUCGAACCACAGAGAAAAGCCUGGAUGUUUUGCAAAUUUUUUGUCCUUGUCUCAUCCUCCCUUAGGUCCUCAUUUUUAAUGGUUUUUGAGUGUUUUCCCUUUUUGGUUAGCAGUAAUGAUGAGGAGAAAAGCCUCCAGCCUCAGUAAUGCCCUACCCUGUCUACCUUGUCAUCAUUUCAUGUUUUCUAUUCUUACACAUGUGCAUAAAGUAUCCCCAGAAAUAAACAUGUUACUUCGGUUUGCCUGCGGUUCGAAAAAAAGCCCAGCCUAUGGAAUUGUGUCACUUUGUGUAUUUUAAAUUUCUGACAUGUCAGUUCUCUCAGAAGUAGGCUGUUGAAAAUUUAGAGCAAUCUUCACAGAAAGCUUUCAUUUACUGGGUCCUGAACCACGACAUCUAGAUGCAGUGCCCACUGUGUUGUAUUUGACAUUGUCCAAGUUGUUACUGGAAUGGUUCCGAUUCCAACCCUGGUUACAGGGACGAGUUUUUCCUUUGAUUGCUCACACUCUGUCGACUGCCGAUGCCCUGCAUAAGUUAUCUGAAGACAGGCCAGUUCACGUCUGCCCAUCACACUCUCAAGGGACCCAGUGUAUAGAAAUAUUGUUGCCCGACUUGUCCUGGUUAUUUUCAAUUUACAACCACAGUUCUUACUCUUCGUUCAUUUUUAUGUUACCUAUUUCUUUAUUACCUCACCAAGUUGACCGCCCUCUGGCAUCUUUGGGUGCACUUUUUCCCCUCAGGAAAUCACACUGAUCAUACAUAGCUAAAGUCCAAAGUUGUGUUCUGAGAUGAUGCCACACCUCUCUGUAAUACCCGAACACAGGAAAUAUUUUCAAUCUUCAUAAGCCUGUAUGUGACAAAGUAUUCUGGAAAGGGUGGUGGUGCUUUCAAUGGAACGGCAUUUCGGGAGCUGCCCCUUUAACUCAGGAGUGGACGGGACUUGAAAACGCUCCAGAAGCACUCAUUCGGAGAUGUAGCGCUCUGGUGACGCCUUCUUCAUAAAGCUCGGAAAACCUGUCUCAUACAUGCACGUUCAGAUAUUUUCUCUCAGAUGGGAGGAUGCACAGUAAGCAUGGGGUGAGAAACAGUCUCUCUCAGGGAAACGUUCUCUCUCCUGGAUUCAGCACCCAUGUGCUUUGAUUCAGAAAAGCUGCACUUCUGCAUGAGGUAAAACACACACUCAAAUACAACGAGGUUGCCAUUUAAUCAGUAGCUGUCUCGUUGUGAAAAGAGGCACCCGGAAACCUGACCAUGGAUCCCCUACCCCAACAGGGUCUCGGUUUAACCUCACACAGGGUUUGUGGCAACUUGACACAAGGUAGCGCCCCCGACCACCAGCAUGAGAACUGACUUCCACAUGCACAGCCAGCCCAUGGCCAUGCUAAAGCUCACAAGCAGAACAACAGGACCCUAAAUAUGGUCAAAGGGAUCCAGACUGCUUUUGCGAACUAAACCCCAGAACGAAUCCUUCUCGUUUUCGUCAGCUCAUCGAAAUGAACCCCAUUUCCCCUCUGUUCCUUUACUGGAGACGAUCUCUGAACACUGCAGUCCUCUGAGCCGAUGUGUGUGCGGGUGGCUGUGGGGGUGGCUGUGGUUGUCCCUUGAAACCGCAGAGGGUUCAUUUUAAGUAGGAAUUUUCAAUAAGUUCGAAUUCUCCUUGUAGUUCUCCCCCAUGAUGUUUACAUUUACCUUUUUUUUGCUUUUCUUGCAGCCAGUCUUUGGAAAACAAUUGGUAACAUUUCUGAUAUCCCAUCAUCCCAGUGCUCUUGAGCCCCUCUGAAGCGACUGGUUCAGCCUUUCAUCUUGUCUGCCUUUUCAUCUGUUUCGCUUGUGUCAGCAUGUCUUUCUCUUGCACGUCCUGUCUACGAGCUCCACCUCAAUGUUUUGCGUGGGACUUGUCCCACGUUACUUCUGUCCCUUUCUAUUUGCCUACCUCCUCUGCUCUGCCAUUCCUGCUCUUUGCAAUGCACGCCAUGCCCUCCCGAUAAGGACUGGCUUUUCUUUGGUCUUUCAGGCACUUGCCACAGUUUCAGGAAGUUGGUGAGAUGCAAAGCAUUACGCUGAGAGGGAGAGGGUUUCUCUUCCACAUGUGUUUCUCAAAAACAUCCAAACACAGGGGCUCUGUCGGGACUUCCAAGUCAGAGGGGCCACUCCUCCACAAGCGAUAGCUCUUCAAAGACUUAAGUGAUGGGAGAUGGCCCCCAAACGGCUCAGUAAACGCCCUCUGCCCAUUGCCCUUUCAAAGCCUAAGUAGCAUAUGCUAUCAUCCAUCGGUCAAGAGUGUGCCAGGGCGCCCCUCUUCCACUGGCCUUACCCCUGGGAACCAAGUGUUCCCAGGUAUAAACAUGUUUCUUCAGUUUGCCUGAUGUUCUAAGCUAAAGCCAGGCCUACCACUUGUGUCAUUUUGUGUGUCUCAGAGUUCUGAAAGGUCAGUUCUCCCUGACGUAGGCUGUUGGAAAGUUAGAGCAAUCUUCAGUUCCACGUAACACCUCUAUUCGGUCCUUUUGGGUUACUCACUUUUAGAAUGAUUAGCUUUCCUCCCCAGAGGUUGGGUGAGAUGGCAUUAUUAGCCUUUUUUUUUGUUUUGUGAAGGCCACACCCACCGGCACAGGGACGUUCCCAGGCUAGGGGCUGAAUGGGAGCUGUAGCUGCUGGCCUACACCUCAGAAGCAGCAAGGCCGGGUACCAGCCACCCCUGCGAACCACACACCACAGCUCAUGGCCACGCCAGAUCCUUAACCUCCUGAGCGAGGGCCGGGAUGAAACCUGUGUCCUCCUGGAUACUCGUCCAAUUCACUUCCACUGAGCCAUGACGGGAACUCCCAGGAAAGCCUCGAGUCACACCAAAGAAAAGAGAGAGAACAAGAGCAUGGCUUUCUGGCACCUUGCUCAUUCAGUCGUGCCAUUCGUUUCCCUCCACCAACGCAUUUUCGAAAACUGCAUUUCCCCGAAAUGCACGAGUCCGUCUCAACAUCGAUUUGAUUCCAUUUCUGUGCGCUUCGAGUAUAAAACUGAUCUGUCGCUGAGAACGUCCUUACGACCAUGUCAGUUGACAAGAAUGGAAAGCGUAGGAUUAGAGCCUUGUCGCCCAGGUCGUUGCCUUUCUGCAGGAGACGACACCUUCAGAGGCAAUUUUGAAAGCCCUCUUGACAACUACAUUAAGUUUAGCAUCGCUUUGUGCCAUGCAAAGCAUUAGACACCAUCACACUUGCAAAAGCCAGUACCCAGACAUACGUCAUCCACUUGCUCAGGCACUGUGGUGUCUUCGGAAAAGACUGUUUCGGGAGUGACACGUGUGUUUCACACGAACUACGAAAGCAGUGCUUUCACUGGAAGACAACUUAUCUAAUCUGGCAACUUGUCUAAACCGAGAGAUGUAACCUCGAUCUACAACCAAGAGAGCAAUGGGUAUAAUUUUUUUUUGUUUUUUUUUGGUGUUUGUUUUUUUGUGGUCGCACUCGUGGCAUGUGGAAGUUCCAAGGCCAGUCGCUGAAUCUGAGCCACAGCUGCAACCAAGACUACUGCUGGGGCAAGGCCACAUCCUUGAGCUCACUGUGUCCAGCCAGAGCACAAACCCGCACCUCCACUGCAACACGAGCCACUGAAGUGAGGUUCCUAACCCACCGUACCACAGUGGGAAGUCCUGAAAUAACAUUACUUCAUUUUAUUAGCUAUGUCUUCUGAGUCAGAAACUCCAUGCAUUCAAGAUACAAGAAGCACAGAGGGCCCCAAACAAACUGAACCCAAACAGACCCACAGCAAGACACAGAAUAAUAAAAAUGGCAAAAGUUAUUGAUAAAGAGAGGAUGCUAAAGGCAGCAAGAAUAAAACAGAAUGUUACCUACAAGGGAACCCCCAUAAGAAUAUCAGCUGAUUUCUCUACAGAAACACUACAGGCCAGGAGGGAAUGGCAAGAGAUAUUUAAAGAGCUAAAAGGAAAAAAUAUGCAACCUAGAAUACUCUAUCCAGCAAGAAUAUCAUUUAAAAUAGAAGGGGAAAUAAAAAUUUUUUCCAACAAACAAAAUCUUAAAGAACACAGCAACACAAAACCCAGGUUAAAGGAAAUAUUGAAAGGGCUUCUCUAAACCAAGAAGAAAGGAAGGAAAGUGAAUGAAAAAGAAAAGAAAAAAAAAAAAAGAAGAAGAAUAGGAAGAACUAGGACUGGGAAACCGCAAUCAGAGAGCAGUCACUCAAAUAAGCCAGCAUACAGAUUUAAUCAUGAACAUGCUUCAAACAAAAUAAAAUUAAAAAGAAAAAAAUAAAAAAGAGUCAUCAAAACCAUAAAAUGUGGGGAAGGGAUAUUAGGAGGUAAAUAACAGUUUUUGUUAGGAUGUAUGUCUCUCUUCUUAAUUUUAAUAUAGUAAUGAAGUGUUUAAACUUACAGGACCAUCAGGCUAAAACACACAUGUAUGGGAAGGGGUUAGCAUACUUAAAAAACAGGGC